AUGGCUGCCAGCUAUGGGCGCGUCUCCGCCUUCUCGACUUCCUCCCACGUCCUUGCAGGCAAGAAGAGCGCCAACGCCAUUGACGAGAGCGAACGUCGCACCUUCCCAUCCUCUUCCAAUUUGCCCCCCGCCGGCGAGUCCAAAGGCCCCGAGUACAUUCAAGGCGAUGAAGGCUCCCACGGAGCUCGCACGCUCAAGUCCUUUUCUAUGGCGGGGAAAGUCUGCGUCGUCACCGGAGGAGCUCGUGGGCUGGGCAAUUUGAUGGCUCGUGCUCUUGUUGAGUCUGGAUGCGACAAGCUCGCGAUCCUCGACUUGGACCAGGACGAUGCCUCUGGCUCUGCAAAGGCGAUGACGGAGUGGAUUGAAGGGGAGGAGGGGGGAGGUGUCAAGGCGGGGACAGUGGACAUUAGGGGAUUCAAGUGCGAUGUCAGUAAUGAAGACAGCGUCAAGAAGGCCUUUGAGGAGGUCAAGAGUGCUUUUGGAGCCCCUACUACGGUCGUCAAUUCGGCGGGAAUCGUGGAGAAUUUCCCAGCGCUCGAGUACCCGACAGACAGGCUGCAGAAGCUCUACGCUAUCAACGUCUUUGGCUCGCACUACGUCUCUCGCGAGGCAGCCAAGCACAUGAUCUCUUCCUCGAUCACGGGCGGGUCCAUCAUCCUCGUCGCCUCAAUGUCCGGCUCGAUUGUGAACAUCCCGCAACCGCAAGCCCCUUACAACGCCAGCAAGGCAGCGGUCAAGCACCUUGGAGCCUGCCUGGCCGUCGAGUGGGCCAAGCACGGUAUCCGCGUCAACACUCUCAGCCCAGGCUACAUGCUGACUAGCUUGACGCAGCAGAUGUUCGACAGGAAUGCUGAGGGGAAGCAGCUCAGGAAGACGUGGGAGGGAAUGAUCCCAAUGGGCAAGAUGGGGAUGCCGGAGGAUCUCAAGGGGGCUGCCGUCUACUUGGCGAGUGAUGCGAGUCGAUACACGACGGGGAGCGACCUCAUUGUGGAUGGCGGCUACACAUCGACGUAA